AUGGCAUUUAGAGCACCCAAUCAAGAUGCAUAUCAGUUACAAAAGAAUGCAACACGUUCACUAACACAGAACACCGAUCAAGUGACACACUUUAGAAAGCUCGAUCAGCAAGCCGGUGGAUACAAGCGACUUCGUGAGCUGGGAAGUGGUAGUUUCGGAAAGGUCUUCGAAGUCGAGUGUGAAGACUCCAAGGCACGGUAUGCUCUCAAACUUCUGACCGUAGCCGAGUACGAAAAGAAUCCGAGAGCUCUCAAAUACAUUGGAACGGAAUCGAAUAUCUUAAAGACCUUGAAAGACGGUCCACAACAUCCACAUAUAGUUAAUAUUCAUGAUGUUUUAGAUGAUUUAACAUAUGUAUUUGAAUUCUGUAAUAAUGAUUCAUUGCGUAAACACAUUCAAGAGAUAACAAUGGAAUCAAAGAAACCGAUUCCCGAGGAGAAUCUAAAGACCAUAUUCCUGCAAGUUCUCUCUGCACUUCAAUUCCUUCAUGACCGUGAGAAACCAAUUAUCCAUCGUGACUUAAAACCAGCUAAUAUUCUUGUACAUUUCACCAACAAUAGAUAUAUAUUUAAAAUAUCUGAUUUUGGUUUUGCAAAAUCAUCACAGUCUAUCUCUGAAUUCAUGUCUAAUGUAGGAUCAAAGUAUUUCAUGGCACCAGAGAUUGGUUAUAAGAACUAUGAUCUGUCUGUCGAUAUCUAUUCGCUUGGUGUCAUCGUUUAUUACUUGGCGCGUACCAGUAUUGGCAAUCCGGUGAAGCCUACCGACGGAAAGAAUGCAGCGGCUCUACUACAUCCGUUCUCGAAGGACCUCAAGGAUCUAAUUCAAGAGAUGAUGGCAUUCGAACCUGAGAAGCGUAAGUCGAUCAAGGACAUCGUGCAUUCCUCGUGGGUACAGAGCAAGUUGAUCACCGUCAUUCAACCGGGUCUCGAUACCACCACGAUGACCCUGAAAGAUCUCUAUCACAUGCACAACGUUGCCAGACCAAACAACAAAAUACUACUGGUAUCCUACUACGAUAGCGAUCAAAUACAUCCUAUCAUUAAUACAAGUAUUAGACCAUUAUAUACUGUUGAAAAAGUAUAUCUAAUUGAUAAAAUGACAAUGAUGAAUCCAUUCUUAUUCCCACCUAUUGAACAUGUAUCGAAACAUUAUCAAUCCGAUAAGAAUAAGACUGUUUGGUCAAUGCAAAACUAUAUCCAAGAUCUAAGUGAUAUUGGUAAUCAAUUCAAUUUAAUAACUGAAAAGAUGAAUGAUGCAAGAGUUGUACAAAAACAAGCAAAUAAUGUAUUAACAAAGACAGAAGAACAUAUUAAACAUUUUAAACUAUUAUCUGAAUAUUAUAUAAAUCAUAUUAAUCAACCAGCAUUUAAAGAAUGUAUUCAAAAAAUAGAUUCAAAGAACAAUAUUUUGGUUAAUCAGAUCAUUGAAAGUGUAAAGUCAUUGAAGGAUAUCGAUAAAUAUGGUAAUGAUAUCGAUAGUCUACUCAUUGAACGUAUUCCAUUCCUAAAGACAUUCAAUAAUAACAUUAAAGUCGGUAAUGACAACAUAAUCAACUCCAAAAUAAAAUUGGCAAACGCUCAACUAUCAUAUAAUGAAAUGCAAAAGAAUAUAACAUCAGAAUAUCCGGAAGCAUCAAAGUUAUCACAGCAAUUCGAUAAGACUCUUGAGGAUAUGAAACAUAAUCAUAGAAUGAUGGAACAAGCGAGACUAAAGAAUGCAUCGUUUGGUUUCAUCUUUGAUACUAGCUCGAUGAUCAAUGCCUGCAAGGCGUACAUUGAAGAUUGCUACAAGUGGUAUGUCGGCCUGUACAGUCGUCUCAAUGGCAAACUCAUAGCGGUGUCCGACCACUACAACGAGUUGGUAAAGGCGUUGAUCAACGUCGAAUCGAUCGUUCACUACGCCAACAGCUCACAGCAGAACGACGCCGAACUCCUCGACGAAAUCAAGAGUAUCCCGGUCUAUCUGACACACUACAAACGCGAGUUGAAACGAAGGGAAGACCAACUCGUUGCGCACAACCAACUCAAGGCUAGACUUGCGUCGCAGCUGAAUGGUGCAAUCGAGGAGGAGUUGGCACAUCGUGAGAAAUUCAAAAAGUUGACACCACCCAAGCACUUUGUGCCGAUCGAGCUGAUCGAAGGCGACGGACUAGACAAUCCUCUGUCCAGCUACUUGUUGGCCGACAAUGCAGGUGUAGCCAACAUCGGUGCAAUCCGACAGGUGAAACAUUCGUUGGAGGAUCUACUUGGAUUCUCUGCAAUCAGUGAUAGUUUUGCCUUUGGAAGUGAAAUCAAUCAAGUUCAUUUCUAUAACAAUAACAAUAACAAUAACAAUAACAAUAACAAUAGUACUAUGAACAGUGGUGGUGGUGAUGGCGAUGGUGAUGGUGAUGGAUCUAGAACUGUUGUUGGCAAUGGUAAUAGUAACAGUAAUAAUGAAAGUAGUGUAUCUGUUGAUCAAGUUUCUGUUGUCAAUUUGAAACAACAAGCCAAUAAUAAUGGAAGUAAUAACGGUAGCAAUAGAUAUGUUGAUGCCGAUGCAUUUGCCACUGGCUGUGAAGAGGAGCAAGAGUAUGAAUACAUUGGUCUCAAGAAACAAGUUGACCUACUCAAUAACAAGAACCUAUCGAAAGAGAAUGAAAUCAAUCAACUCAAGAAACAACUUGAGGAACUAAAGUUGGAGAAUCAAAAGUUGUUGAAAAACAAUGUGACUGCUGCAACUCCUGCUGCACCAGUAGUUGCUUCUUCAUCGCCACCAUUAUCACCCAACUACAAGGAAGAGUUGGAGGGUUUACAACAACAGAUUGCCGUAGUUAAACAACAAGCGGAACAGACUGCCAGCGAGAAGGAGCGAGAGUUGGCCGAGUUGAGACAACAGCUGGCAAACACCAAGCAAUCGGUGGCCAAUCAGCAGGGACAAGUCGAGGAGUUGGCGCAGUUGAAGAAACAAUUCGAGGAGCAGUUGGCACAAGGCAACCUCGAGAACUCCGAACUCAAAAAGAGUGUGCUUCAAUCGGCGGAAAGAGUGACAGCUCUUCAGCAAGAGUUGGAGUCCAACAGUGACCGACUGACCCGUGAUUUCAACUCGCGUAUGCAGCGAUUCAAGAUUGAAAACUCGAAGCUCAAAGAGCAACAGAGUGCCACCACCGAGAAAAACUCUGAACUCCUCUCAGAGAUUCGUGAGAAAUCCGAAAUCUUCCAGCAACAACUCGACGAAAAAGACAGCAAAGUCGAUAAGAUCGUCAACGACAACCAGAAACUAAUCUCGGAGAUCGAAAACCUCAAAUCGGAAAACAUCAAAUUGAAUGCAAACAUUCAAGAUCUAAAUGCCAUCAUCAAAACUUUAGAAGCUGAUUUAAAACAAAUGUGA